AUGUUUAACUUCCUCUUCGUCUGGGUGGGCGUCUCCCUUCUAGCCCUCGGCAUCUACCUUCACGUCAAGGACCCCAGGCCCAUCAUCGAAUGGAUCGACUUCGUGCUCAACCCGGCCUUAUUUCUGGCUGUUUUAGGCUUCCUCGUCACGUUCAUCUCACUGGUCGGUGCUCUCGGAGCACUUCGCGACAACAUCUCAUUGCUCAAAAUUUUUGCCAUAUGCGUUUUCUUCUGCUACAUCUGUAUCGUGGUGCUGACUUUUGGCGUUUUCGUCCUCUUCUUUACCGAUUCGACCGAGGGCCUCUCUGCGCAUUCGAUUAUGAUGCAAUCCGUCAAGAAAUACCAUUCCAACCGUAACCUUGCCGAUUUUGUGGACUAUAUUCAGGAACAGAUGGAGUGCUGCGGAGUCUCUUCCAUAUCAGCCGGCUACCGAGAUUGGGCGAUGUCCCCUCAAUUCAACUGCACCCCAACAAAUCCUUAUCCAGAGAAAUCUGCAAGCUGGUUCCACCAAUCCUCUCCAACCGGCAAUGCGGUCGCUGGAGUGUUGGAGGAAUGCGCUUUCCAAGCGACCGCCAGACCUCGAAGCCGAUAUCCACACGCGGGGCUGUUUACAGCCCUUACGAACACUUUUCGAAACGCAUGCGGUUCAUAUUGGAGCUGUUGUGGCUGUGAUAUUGUUACCAGUGUCAAUCUCGGUGUGCUUCACGAACGUGUUGGCCCGCCAAAUCGAUCACCAGCGAUAUUUAUUGGAGCGAGAAGCCAGGAGGCUCGAUCGGAUGGGAAAGAGGGAGAGGAGAGAGCGGAGGAAGAGGAGCCAGAAUCACUUUUCGAGCCUCGAGGAGGGUGUUUUCCAUCAGCAGCCCGACGGAGCUCCACCCCUCCCAAAAAGCCUGCCACCAAAACGACCACCAGAUGGCCGAAAACCGAGGGCCCAGAGUUGCUCGCCAACCCGGAAGGCAUCCAAUGGGGUCGUACCAAAGAUCGCCCCGCCCACGUCGUCGAAGAAGGAGAAGCGGAGGAGAAGCCAGCCACCGAGCGUCGCUGCCGGAAC